GGUUCCAAACAGCCGUGGCCCGCGGUAUCUGGCGGUCGGUAGGUGAGGUUGCCCCUAGUUUGAAGCCUGCUCGAUUACCGGCAAGACUUGGGCAAGCCCCGGGGGCCGCUCCGACCACAACAGGGAAAGGUAAAGCGCACUGUGCUCCUCGGGGCUCGCCAGGCUGCCCUGCGAGGGGGAAGGUAAUGGUUUCAAGCUGUUCCGGCUGGGUUCCGAAUCUCUAGGGCUCCAUGGCUGCGAUCUCCUCGCUUUCCUGGACGUCUUAUCUCCGGAUCUACUCCAGUCUCAGUGCCCCUCAAUAAACGUUAACCUGCUUUGCCAAAAUGUAAAUGUUUAAAAAAGUGAAGAAGCACGGAAUUGUUCGUUUUACCUUAAGGUUAAGGUUUACUUUAAAGGUAGAUUUCUACUAUAGCAGAACCUGGUGACAAAUUGGCUUCCUCUUAUUACCUGGGAAGGUAACUACUGAUUUUCAACUUGUGAUAAAUACUCCUCCUUCCGUUGUCUUUUGCCAGAUCUGUUUCACCGAGAAGGGGUAGUUUGCACAAGUGGUAACUUUCUCCAAGUUCCCAUCUAUCUUUCUCAACCAACUUUUUUUCCCUCCUUUGGGCGGGAGUUGAUCUGCUGAACACUUAUUUGCCCUAACAAGAUUUUUUAAACACCUAGUAUAUGCCAGGGGUUAUGCCAGGGAUUGGGGAUGCAGAAAUAACGAAGAUGUGUUCUCAGUGCCCAAGUUCACUCACAAACCUCGAGGGGGAGGGUGUUGUCAAGUGAACAGAUAGUUCUAGAAUCUAGACAAUGCGAAACAUUCUUGGGUAGGUUUAUGGUUGCACAGAGGAGACUGAUGGAAUGGAUGACCUAAAAGUGGACUGGAAUGGGGGUGGCAGGGCUGAGUCUGUGAGGUUGGGCGGGAGGGAACCUAGUCCCAGAGUCUUCUGCAGCCUGGACCAGACUGCUUAAGCACUGCUGGGUUUAGACUGUCCUUUACAAAUAGGAGCCGCUAGAAGUGAACUUCUCAUAACUAUUCUGUCCGUCCGUAAUUCUGUCCUUCCCUAAAGGGAACCUUAAUCUCAUCUUUAAGGAGAAUUACCGAGUGACCUGAAGGACCCUUUUCGGUUGGAAAGGCUGAAUUGACCAACACUGUUUGGAUGGAUUUGACCAUUUCUUAGGAGACUUGAAUGUUAAGUUUCUAUAAAUGAAUGAAUCAGUUCUCUCUUGUUUGGAGCAAUGCUGAAAUUCCAAGAGGCAGCUAAGUGUGUGAGUGGAUCAACAGCCAUUUCCACUCAUCCAAAAACCUUGAUUGCAAGAAGAUAUGUGCUUCAACGGAAACUUGGCAGUGGAAGUUUUGGAACUGUCUAUCUGGUUUCAGACAAGAAAGCCAAACGAGGAGAGGAAUUAAAGGUACUUAAGGAAGUAUCUGUUGGAGAACUAAAUCCAAAUGAAACUGUGCAGGCCAGUUGGGAAGCCCAGCUCCUCUCCAAGCUGGACCACCCAGCCAUUGUCAAGUUCCAUGCAAGUUUUGUGGAGCAAGAUAAUUUCUGCAUUAUCACGGAGUACUGUGAGGGCCGAGAUCUGGACUAUAAAAUUCAGGAAUAUAAAGAAGCUGGAAAAAUCUUUCCAGAUAACCAAAUAAUAGACUGGUUUAUCCAACUGCUGCUGGGAGUUGACUACAUGCAUGAGAGGAGGAUACUUCAUCGAGACUUAAAGUCAAAGAAUAUAUUUCUGAAAAAUAAUCUACUUAAAAUUGGAGAUUUUGGAGUUUCUCGACUCCUAAUGGGAUCCUGUGACCUGGCCACAACUUUAACUGGAACUCCCCAUUAUAUGAGUCCUGAGGCUCUGAAACACCAAGGCUAUGACACAAAGUCGGACAUCUGGUCACUGGCAUGCAUUUUAUAUGAGAUGUGCUGCAUGAAUCAUGCAUUCGCUGGCUCCAAUUUCUUAUCCAUUGUUUUAAAAAUUGUUGAAGGUGACACACCUUCUCUCCCUGAGAGAUAUCCAAAAGAACUAAAUGCCAUCUUGGAAAGCAUGUUGAACAAGAAUCCUUCAUUAAGACCAUCUGCUAUCGAAAUUUUAAAAAUCCCUUACAUUGAUGAGCAGCUACAGCACCUAAUGUGUAGACAUUCAGAAAUGACUCUGGAAGACAAGAAUUUGGAUUGUCAGAAGGAGGCUGCUCAUAUAAUUAAUGCCAUGCAAAAAAGGAUCCACCUGCAGACUCUGAGGGCACUGUCAGAAGUUCAGAAAAUGACUCCAAGAGAAAGGAUGAGGCUGAGAAAGCUCCAGGCGGCUGAUGAGAAAGCCAGGAAGCUGAAAAAGAUUGUGGAAGAAAAAUAUGAAGAAAAUAGCAAACGAAUGCAAGAAUUGAGGUCUCGGAACUUUCAGCAGCUGAGUGUUGAUGUACUCCAUGAAAAAACACAUUUAAUAGGAAUGGAAGAAAAGGAGGAGCAACCUGAGGGAAGACUUUCUUGUUCACCACAGGACGAGGAUGAAGAGAGGUGGCAAGACAGGGAAGAGGAAUUUGAUGAACCAACUUUAGAGAACCUGCCUGAGCCUCAGCCUAUUCCUUCCAUGGACCUCCGCAAACUUGAAUCAAUUGUAGAGGAUGCCACAUCUGACCUUGGACAUCAUGAGAUCCCAGAAGACCCACUUGUGGCUGAAGAAUACUAUGCUGAUGCAUUUGAUUCCUAUUGUGAAGAGAGUGAUGAGGAGGAAGAAGAAAUAGUGUUAGCAGGACCAGAGAAAGAAAUCAAGAACGAGGGAUCCCAGCCUACUUACAGAACAAACCAACAGGACAGUGAUAUUGAAGCGUUGGCCAGGUGUUUGGAAAAUGUCCUGGGUUGCACUUCUCUAGACACAAAGACCAUCCCCAGCAUGGCUGCAGACAUGUCCCCAGGACCAACAAUUUUCCACAGUGCGAUGGCCAGGACCAAGAUGAAACGCAUGAGGGAGUAA